UUUAACUAACCUUGGCAUACUUAUCUCACCUGUUAAAAAUAAAAACAAAGUUUAACUUGUAAAAAUGAAAGCUAUCAUUCAACGUGUUAUGCAAGCAAGUGUGACAGUUGAUGGAGAAGUUAUUAAUUCUAUUGGUAAAGGUUUGUGUGUAUUGGUUGGCAUCACAAGGAAAGAUAAAGCAGGUGAAAUGGACUAUUUAGCUAAAAAGAUAGUAAAUAUACGCUUAUGGGAUGAUGAAGUUAAUGGUAAAAAAUGGGAUAAAAGUGUCAAAGACCUGGGAUAUGAAAUUCUAUGUAUAAGUCAGUUCACUUUAGCACUAGAGAUGAAAGGAAAUAAGCCAGACUUCCAUGAUGCAAUGAAUCCUGAAUAUUCAGAACCAUUUUACAACGACUUCUUAGAUUUGAUGAGAUCCAUGUACAAACCAGAAAAAGUCAAAGGUGGUGUGUUUGGAGGUUACAUGCAGAUACAUAUACAGAAUGAUGGUCCUAUUACUAUACCAUUAGAUACUCCAAGUAGUUUACAGGAUCCUAAUUUUCUGUUAAAGCAGGAGAGGAAGCAAGAGGCAGCGCGAAAAAGAGAUCAGAGGAGUAAAAAUAAUAGUGAAUCCAAAAACUCUGAUAAAAAAUCAAGUACUGUUACAUCACAGGAACCUCCUUCAGAAAUUCAAGAGACAUCAGACUCUUUAAAAAAUGUCAGUCUAUCUCAAGAAGAAACAUAACAUUAUUUAGAGCAAAUAAAAGAAAAUUAUUUA